AGCACAGGCCCAGAGGCCAGGCAGGAGCAUGGGCUGGGAGGGCCCCGGGCACCCGGGCCACCCGCGCGGGCACCUGCUGCUUCUGGCUGUGAGCUUCCUCCUCCUCGUCUACGGGCCAGCUGAGACCACGACCAGAACCUCUGCUCCUGGAAGAGAGAACAACCUGACUGUCACCUCGGUCUCCAGCCCUGACAGCAGGGUGACAGCUGAUGCUCAGGUGUCCUUACCCCACCCAGGACACAGCACCAGCACGACUGCCCCUGGGGGCUCCGAGCACCCCAGGGCACCCCUUCCUGGCACCCCAACAGCCACGGCACAGACCCAGGCAGGCUCAGUUCAGUCCACCAGUGAAGCCUGGCACACGCGGCGGGCAGAGACAAAUCCUGGAGUGGCUUCAAACAUCACGGAAACCGCUGUCAGCCCUUCUCCUGCUGUGGACGUCCCUGGGCUCCCCACUCUGAAGAGCAGCUCCCCCAAAGGAACUUCACCUGGAGAAAUCACGGAAGUGAGACGUGGCCCCGUCACCCAUCGGCGGACUGUCCCCACCAGCGUCACGGUGACAGGAAGCGGCAGUGUAGGCAGCAGCUGGGCCAGGACCAACCCCUCCCCAGACAGCCCAGCCUCUUCUGAGACACCCACAGGUGUGAGUCUGACAGUGAAAAGUGCCCCUGUCACCUCUGCAGCUGAGACGGAGACAGACACUAGUUCACAUACUCCAGGAGGGACACACUCGUCACCUGAGACGCUUUCUCCUACUUAUCCCAAGACCUCAUCUAGGGAGACCCCAGACUCCAGGGAGCCGGCGAGCCCAGGACAGACUCUGUCCCACACUGGACGUCCCUUGGCCUCCCCUGAGCCUGGUUCUGAGGGAGAUACCAAGCUGACCUCCCGUGUGCCUCUGCUGUCACCUGCUUCAGAUCUGCAUGAUCAAGGGUCAGGCUCCAGCACAUUCUCAACGCAGAGACUUACCGCUCCCCUGAUCACAGGGACCCCUUUCCUCAUGACACCAAGAAAUACAGCAAGUGCUGGAAAAGUCGCAAGUCCGACCUCUGCCCUUGCCCAUCCCUCUCCCUCGGGGGAAGGGACUGCGGGGACGCUGCCCGCCCUCAGCACCUCCCCGGAAGCCCCAGACACAGCCAGGACUCUGGUUUUGGAGCUGUCAGGUGGCCCCACAGCCCUCAGCAUCACCAGUGUCUCCAGAGCGAAACCUUCCCUUUCUCCAUCGCCCUCCUCUGCCUCAGAGACCCACACAGACUCAGCGGGCCCUGAGUUUCCUACAACUUCUCGGUCAUCUCAGACCUCCCCCUUUACCUCUGUGGCAGCGAGGUCGCAGACCCACAUGAGCACACUUCAUUGUCCCACUGCCCUUCGCGACAGCGCCUGGCUGGAGACCAGUCCCAGCCUUGAGACAAAGUCCCCUUUGGUACCAAGUGCCGUUCCAGCCGCUGCCACUCCUCCUGCUGCGGCGGGUGUGGCUCCAAGAUCAAGUGUCCUAAACACCGGCUCCAUGGGAGGAAAGUCUCCAAAGGAACCUUCAACGGCCAUGUUCCCAACACAGAACACGAGAGGCCCAGCCACCGUUGGUGCCGCAGCUUCCAGCGGGGUGCAACCCGUGAGGGGAGAUGGCAGCGACCGAAAGUUGGGAACUACCCAGCUUCUCCCUGGAACCCCAUCCCCAUCUGAGACAUCCAUGUCCUCCUCACCUAGCAAGACCCCAGCAGUGGGGUCAAAAGAUGAGACAGUCUCUCCAUCCAGCCUCCCGCCAGCAUCAGCAGACUCAUCCAGCUUCAGCCUCAGAGCGCACACCCCUUCAGAGCAUCCCAGCGCAGUGGUGGAAACUGGCUCUGACCCACCCCUCAACUCCGCCUCCAGGAAGACCACCACGGCUGUAUCAAUAGCAAAAAUGGACACAAAGGAAAUGUCUGACUCUUCUGGAUCACCCCCCAACAUUUCCGUUCCUGGAAAGACCAGCCCCCGUGGUACCUCCUACAUCACCCCUCUGGGUCCCAGAGUGACACAAACAGCACAGGUCACCUCCUCCCACCCAAUGAAGGAGCUCAGAACCAUGGACACCUAUGCAAAAGCAGAGUCCACCAGCCCAGCGACUCACGUUGAAAACCCCAAAACCCCAAGGCCACCUGGUCCCACCAGCCCAGCCACAAUAGCAGGGACCAGCACAGACACAGCUGAGCACUCCACUGGAUCCCAGGGCCCAGAUCUGGCAGAAAAGUCCCCUGGAUUUGGAACACAGUCAACCCCAGGACCAGCGUCUGGAGUGGCCACUGCCUCCCCUACCUCCAGAAGCAGCAUCUGGGAACUGACCUCUGAUGCCACAGGGGCGUCCUUGACCCUGACGACCAGUAAGGAGAACACAGUCACUUCUUGGCUGUGGGCUCUCACUGCGUCUCUCCCUGUGGCCACGUGGCUAAGCAUGAGCUCCACGGAGGACACGGCCUCGACUGCCCCCGACAUCUCAAGUCCAAGUUCAUCCGAGACGUUUGCUACGUAUACACCUGUACCUUCCAAUGAACUUUCAAGUGUGGGGGUAGACAGCAGUGCUCUCCCAGAAAAGGAUUUGACCUCUGUGGGCCAGUCCCUGGGAGGGGGUACAGACACAGCCUCCCAGCAGCUCACCGUGGGCCCAGAACCAAGUGCACCGACUUCAUUGAUCUAUCCAUCCCCUGAUACCACAACCAGAGGUGUCACAACCUGGGGGACAAGAGGCAGCACCGGUGUGCCUAAAUCCAGACCUCCAGGCCCCCCCAGCACAGAAGCUGGGCAGAGCGCAUCGCCACCCUUUGCCGCUACUCCUCCAACGACAGAGCCCACCUCCCCAGCGGCACUCACCGCUUUGACCUCUGAGAAGGGAUUCACAGCUUCAGAAGCAGCAAGACCGGUCAGCUCCGUGUCUCGAGCUGAGACAAGCUCACCCCCACGGUGGUCUACCGAGGCUCAGCGUCUCACUGCCCACUCUGUGGAAACCAGCAGAGGGGUGACUCGGACAUCUGGCCAUGGAAAAGCCACAGUCGAACUGGAAACGAGUUUAGCUGUCAAAGGGAAUUCAUCUCUGUCUUUAACUCCAAGCACUCCUCGAAGGCAAGGCGGCCCCUGGUCAGAAUCUUCAGUGACCAUAAGCAGAUUGGGGCCAGGAUCUUCUUCUUCAGCCUCUGCUGUGUCCCCCGAGGUGACCACUGCAUUGGGCAUUUCCCCCACAAUGGGGGAAACCGCUUCCUCCUUGGUCUCUGUACUGCAGGGCGCGAGAUCUUCCUCGUCUCCCCCAGGGGCCACAUCUUCCAUGGACACUGGGGAGGACACGGGGACAAGCUCUACCAUGUCACAGUCCAGCUCAUCCUCUGGACAGGGGAUCAAUUCCUCUUACACAUCCCUCCCCAUUAGCAACAGCCCUGAUUUUUCUGAUCUGUCCCCCACAGCAGUGACCCAGGCUUCACCCUUAGAUCCCACGGCCUCAACUUGGGUCUCUUCUUCAGCAUUUACUAACAUUCUGGCACAGACCAGCCACCCCUCUGCCAAGACUCGAAACCCAGGGCUAAAGGACAGCAGCCAGGGAGUGGAGACUGACCUGGCCAGAACCUCAUCAGGACUCUUAACCACUUCUGAAGCUGAGACAGAGCCCCUCCGGACAUCUGCCUCUGUACUGUCAGGGGCCCCACUCCACAGAGGCACUGAUGGGACUGUGGUGUCCAUUACUAACUUCCCCACAUAUGAAAGUUCCUCAUGGCUGAACAGUGAUCCUUCAACAUCCAUGACCGUGGGUGACCCUGCAGGGACUCAGGACUCUGUGACAACCCCCACUUGGGAGCUGAGUGAGGGAACAAAUGGAGCCACCACGUGGUCACCGGGUGACCCUACAUCUCUGGUGACGAUCAUCAGCCUGGUCACAGGCCAGUCCACCAGAAGCCCAGGAACAUCUGAAGAUAUCAUAAACCCAAGCUCCAGGGAGCCCAGCAGCAGCCACAAGACCAGAACCACUGUGGGAACUUCCUUUAGGGAGACUACAAAAGAGACUGCCUCCACACAUGUCGUGGUGGGACCUGCCACCCUUCAAUCCCUGACCACAGGAAGUGGCAGCACCAGACUCCUUCACCUGCCCACACGAACUGUGGUGCCAGCAGAGUCAUCUACAGAAACAGCGGUAGUUACAAAUAACACCUCAUACUCCCCAUAUCCAGCUGAAGCUCGGGCCACUAUAUACUCUGGGACACCAGAAGGGACAAGCCAGUCAAGAGGAACAAUGUCUUUCCCCCACCCAGAGUCAACUUCCACAGGGACUAUCCAGCAAGUGAGCUCAGUCCUGACUUCUAAAACAACUGAAAUGGACUUGUCCACAUGGCUUGGCUCCACGGAGGGGACCACACUGGGCACGAAUUUCCCUUCCAGCACAACUUCCACUGGCCUUCAGCACUCUGCAACAAGUUUAUUUGUAACCCCCAAAGUAGCCACGAGCUCAGUAACAGAGAAGUCUGAACUUGAAACCAUGACAAGCAUCAGCACUAUGGUCACUCCUUCCAUUGCCUUCAGUAAGAAGGCAGUGACGGCUGAACCACAGACCGGUGGAUCUGUGGGGGAGGCUCAUUCAUCCACUAGCCCAUGGUCAGAGUGGACAGCUGGGUGGGACCCAACACUGAGUGCCUCCCCUGCAGACCCAGACACAGCUAUUAUCACCCCCCAUUCUGAUAGGUCAGAAGGCUCAGCCACUAUCAGCCUCAUCAGUGUGGCAAGAGAGAAAGCUCACUCCUCUGCAUUGGCUACCUCCCCUUUCAUGGGGCCCAAGUCUGAGUCCAUCACAGGAUUGGAGACCCCUGAAAUCUCACCUCCACCUGCGACCCUUUCUGUGACAUCAUCUCCUACAGAACUAAUAGGCAAGGGUGGGGCCCUCACUGUGGAAGUCAUCACCUCCAGCCCCGGGGGAACAAGGUCAGUUUCAACUGUAAUGCCUAGCCCAGAGAGGAAGUCCAGGACCUCAGACAGCACCCAAGCACCAGGGACCUCUCCAUGGACUGUCACAGACACAGCAGCCUACGUUCAUGUCACUGGUUUGCCUGGAGCCAAUUCUACAGGGACGACACUGGCUUCCUCAGCAGUGGCCAUUGCAACAGCUGAACAACAGGCAAGUAUGUCUGUGGGUGAGGCUUAUUCAGCUGCUGUCACAUGGUCAGAGAAGACAACUGGGAGUGAUCCGAUUCAUGGUGCAUCUCCAGAGGCCACAGACACAUGGCAUCUAACCACCAGACAACGAACCACAUCACCAUCGGUGACCUUUAAAAGCCAAGCCACUACUGGCCUCACCUAUGGCUCGGGACGAAUACUGAGCUCUUCCCCGUCUAUCACAUUUCCUUCGAUGGGGUCUAAGGCGCUGGUGGCCAUCACAAGUGUAGUGGCCAGUGAUGCUGCCUCUACAACUAGACAACGAUCACAAACCUCAUCUCCUGCAGAAGCAAACAUCACGGGUGUCACCGUAGCCCCUACUCCAGAUGUCGCCACCAUCAUUACCACCAUAGGAAACAACUCAGUCCUGACUACCACAUCCAACCCGGAGAGGAGAAUGAGCACCCUGGUCACAGAGACCAGCAUGUCUACGCAAGAGCGUCCUUCCAGCUGGUCACCUACAACUGCUUCUGUCCCAACAUCAAGCUCCUGGGCCAUAACAGACACAGCUUCAAUGUUGGAAGCCAUAAGUUCUGCUGAAACAACUUCUGUAAUGGGUACAUUAUCCUUAGCAUCUAGCACUGAAUCAGGCUCUUUAUCUACUUUCCAUGGCCUUGGGACCGUCCUUGGAACCAGCCUAGCCAUUCCAUCUCCUCAUGCUUCAGCUGAAGACACAAAGUCCACAAAUAUGAGAACAUGGCGUCCUUCAGACACAAUGCCAUCUAUGCCCAUCUCAACCACUUCUGGGAUCGGGAAGAUGAGCCCCUCAUAUCCUCAUUAUGUAAGCACAAGUGGGACCAAUGACCAUCCAAAUACAAAGACUGACCCCAAAAUCCCCCCUCCUAUUUCUCCAUCGGAUUUUCAGCCCACUCUGGACUGGGCUACUGGGAAAUCAGUGUCAUCAUCCACAGCCACCACCUCACUUCCUCAAGGGGGCGCAACGCAAGAAUUACCUGGGGAGAACAAAGUCACCCCAACUACCUCACAGCUGCCAGUCAUGACAGCAGAAAUUGAAAGUGGGUUCACACCUACUGAGACGGUAAGUCCUUCCAGAGUCACUUUAUUAGGGAGGACAGAUCUCAUCAGCAAAGAAGCAGAACAUAGUCCUUACCAGUUUCCUACAACAAAAACGAUAACCAGGGAAACCCAAAUGCUAAUCCCUGGAGUUACAUCACAGGGAACAGGAACCACGGAUGCAUUAAGAGCCUCUUGGUCCGAGACACACUCAGAUGGGACUCAGGGUUUUACACCCUCACAUCAGACCAUUAACAUGGACAGAGGUUCUGAGGAUGUGUCACAGAUAAGCCUUUCUUCUGACCAUGAUACCACAACUCCUUCCACGCUGGGGGCCUCGCAUUCCACGAUGUCACCUUUUCUAAUUUCCCCCACAUCACAGGACGGGGACCCUACUGCACCCGUCCCUACCACCUCACCAAGCACGCCUGCCGGGCUGGGGACCAGCGGCGCGUUGAGCACAAGCUCGGGACCUGUGACAAGUCCACCCUCAGGUGUGAGCAGCAGCUCAGGUGACAGCCGGGUGUUUUCAGAAGCGUCUCCGGCUACAGAGGGACUCCACCUUUCCGGGAACGCAGCAGUGACCAGCUUGGGGACCAUCACGUCUACACAGGAGUCCCAGUCCUCUGCCCCAGCGGGAUCAGAGACACCCAAAGGCACCACUGCAGUAGUCCCCUCUUCGCUCAGUGGGGACGCCUCAUUUCCCACACCGGAGGCUGGCCGUUCUGAAACCACAGAGUCUGAGACACAGUCAACGUCAUCCCCUGGCCUGGAACCACGGGAAACCAGCACGUCCCCGCACACCACCGUGGACUCGGAGACAAUGAGUGUCCCUUCACCAGCGUCCACUGAUACUACUGCAGAGGACUCUAGGACCCAUGUCAUCUCCUCCAGCAGGACAUCCUUCCCUGGCCCUGCUCAGUCCACGAUGUCACCAGACAUCUCCACAGGAAUCAACACCAGGCUCUCUACCUCCCCCAUCUUGACCGAGUCCACAGCGAUGGCCAUGGUCCCCAAAACAGUUGUCCCUGGGGCUACAUCACAGGACACAAGUAACACGGAUGCAUCAACCACGGCCUCCUGGGCCGAAAGUCACUCAGCAGGGACUCGGGUUUCUGCAAGCUCAGUAGUGACCAUUGGCGUGGACACGGGUUCUGAGGUUGUGUCACGGACAAGCCCUGCCUCUGACCAGGACACCACGUCUCCAUCCGCCCUGGUGCCCUCACAUGCCGCGACGUCGCCUUCUCUACAUUCCCCCACAUCACAAGCCGGGGACCCUACUGCACCCGUCCCUGCCACCUCACCAAGCACGCCUGCCGGGCUGGGGACCAGCGGCGCGUUGAGCACAAGCUCGGGACCUGUGACAAGUCCACCCUCAGGUGUGAGCAGCAGCUCAGGUGACAGCCGGGUGUUUUCAGAAGCGUCUCCGGCUACAGAGGGACUCCACCUUUCCGGGAACGCAGCAGUGACCAGCUUGGGGACCAUCACGUCUACACAGGAGUCCCAGUCCUCUGCCCCAGCGGGAUCAGAGACACCCAAAGGCACCACUGCAGUAGUCCCCUCUUCGCUCAGUGGGGACGCCUCAUUUCCCACACCGGAGGCUGGCCGUUCUGAAACCACAGAGUCUGAGACACAGUCAACGUCAUCCCCUGGCCUGGAACCACGGGAAACCAGCACGUCCCCGCACACCACCGUGGACUCGGAGACAAUGAGUGUCCCUUCACCAGCGUCCACUGAUACUACUGCAGAGGACUCUAGGACCCAUGUCAUCUCCUCCAGCAGGACAUCCUUCCCUGGCCCUGCUCAGUCCACGAUGUCACCAGACAUCUCCACAGGAAUCAACACCAGGCUCUCUACCUCCCCCAUCUUGACCGAGUCCACAGCGAUGGCCAUGGUCCCCAAAACAGUUGUCCCUGGGGCUACAUCACAGGACACAAGUAACACGGAUGCAUCAACCACGGCCUCCUGGGCCGAAAGUCACUCAGCAGGGACUCGGGUUUCUGCAAGCUCAGUAGUGACCAUUGGCGUGGACACGGGUUCUGAGGUUGUGUCACAGACAAGCCCUGCCUCUGACCAGGACACCACGUCUCCAUCCGCCCUGGUGCCCUCACAUGCCGCGACGUCGCCUUCUCUACAUUCCCCCACAUCACAAGCCGGGGACCCUACUGCACCCGUCCCUGCCACCUCACCAAGCACGCCUGCCGGGCUGGGGACCAGCGGCGCGUUGAGCACAAGCUCGGGACCUGUGACAAGUCCACCCUCAGGUGUGAGCAGCAGCUCAGGUGACAGCCGGGUGUUUUCAGAAGCGUCUCCGGCUACAGAGGGACUCCACCUUUCCGGGAACGCAGCAGUGACCAGCUUGGGGACCAUCACGUCUACACAGGAGUCCCAGUCCUCUGCCCCAGCGGGAUCAGAGACACCCAAAGGCACCACUGCAGUAGUCCCCUCUUCGCUCAGUGGGGACGCCUCAUUUCCCACACCGGAGGCUGGCCGUUCUGAAACCACAGAGUCUGAGACACAGUCAACGUCAUCCCCUGGCCUGGAACCACGGGAAACCAGCACGUCCCCGCACACCACCGUGGACUCGGAGACAAUGAGUGUCCCUUCACCAGCGUCCACUGAUACUACUGCAGAGGACUCUAGGACCCAUGUCAUCUCCUCCAGCAGGACAUCCUUCCCUGGCCCUGCUCAGUCCACGAUGUCACCAGACAUCUCCACAGGAAUCAACACCAGGCUCUCUACCUCCCCCAUCUUGACCGAGUCCACAGCGAUGGCCAUGGUCCCCAAAACAGUUGUCCCUGGGGCUACAUCACAGGACACAAGUAACACGGAUGCAUCAACCACGGCCUCCUGGGCCGAAAGUCACUCAGCAGGGACUCGGGUUUCUGCAAGCUCAGUAGUGACCAUUGGCGUGGACACGGGUUCUGAGGUUGUGUCACGGACAAGCCCUGCCUCUGACCAGGACACCACGUCUCCAUCCGCCCUGGUGCCCUCACAUGCCGCGACGUCGCCUUCUCUACAUUCCCCCACAUCACAAGCCGGGGACCCUACUGCACCCGUCCCUGCCACCUCACCAAGCACGCCUGCCGGGCUGGGGACCAGCGGCGCGUUGAGCACAAGCUCGGGACCUGUGACAAGUCCACCCUCAGGUGUGAGCAGCAGCUCAGGUGACAGCCGGGUGUUUUCAGAAGCGUCUCCGGCUACAGAGGGACUCCACCUUUCCGGGAACGCAGCAGUGACCAGCUUGGGGACCAUCACGUCUACACAGGAGUCCCAGUCCUCUGCCCCAGCGGGAUCAGAGACACCCAAAGGCACCACUGCAGUAGUCCCCUCUUCGCUCAGUGGGGACGCCUCAUUUCCCACACCGGAGGCUGGCCGUUCUGAAACCACAGAGUCUGAGACACAGUCAACGUCAUCCCCUGGCCUGGAACCACGGGAAACCAGCACGUCCCCGCACACCACCGUGGACUCGGAGACAAUGAGUGUCCCUUCACCAGCGUCCACUGAUACUACUGCAGAGGACUCUAGGACCCAUGUCAUCUCCUCCAGCAGGACAUCCUUCCCUGGCCCUGCUCAGUCCACGAUGUCACCAGACAUCUCCACAGGAAUCAACACCAGGCUCUCUACCUCCCCCAUCUUGACCGAGUCCACAGCGAUGGCCAUGGUCCCCAAAACAGUUGUCCCUGGGGCUACAUCACAGGACACAAGUAACACGGAUGCAUCAACCACGGCCUCCUGGGCCGAAAGUCACUCAGCAGGGACUCGGGUUUCUGCAAGCUCAGUAGUGACCAUUGGCGUGGACACGGGUUCUGAGGUUGUGUCACGGACAAGCCCUGCCUCUGACCAGGACACCACGUCUCCAUCCGCCCUGGUGCCCUCACAUGCCGCGACGUCGCCUUCUCUACAUUCCCCCACAUCACAAGCCGGGGACCCUACUGCACCCGUCCCUGCCACCUCACCAAGCACGCCUGCCGGGCUGGGGACCAGCGGCGCGUUGAGCACAAGCUCGGGACCUGUGACAAGUCCACCCUCAGGUGUGAGCAGCAGCUCAGGUGACAGCCGGGUGUUUUCAGAAGCGUCUCCGGCUACAGAGGGACUCCACCUUUCCGGGAACGCAGCAGUGACCAGCUUGGGGACCAUCACGUCUACACAGGAGUCCCAGUCCUCUGCCCCAGCGGGAUCAGAGACACCCAAAGGCACCACUGCAGUAGUCCGCCCUUCGCUCAGUGGGGACGCCUCAUUUCCCACACCGGAGGCUGGCCGUUCUGAAACCACAGAGUCUGAGACACAGUCAACGUCAUCCCCUGGCCUGGAACCACGGGAAACCAGCACGUCCCCGCACACCACCGUGGACUCGGAGACAAUGAGUGUCCCUUCACCAGCGUCCACUGAUACUACUGCAGAGGACUCUAGGACCCAUGUCAUCUCCUCCAGCAGGACAUCCUUCCCUGGCCCUGCUCAGUCCACGAUGUCACCAGACAUCUCCACAGGAAUCAACACCAGGCUCUCUACCUCCCCCAUCUUGACCGAGUCCACAGCGAUGGCCAUGGUCCCCAAAACAGUUGUCCCUGGGGCUACAUCACAGGACACAAGUAACACGGAUGCAUCAACCACGGCCUCCUGGGCCGAAAGUCACUCAGCAGGGACUCGGGUUUCUGCAAGCUCAGUAGUGACCAUUGGCGUGGACACGGGUUCUGAGGUUGUGUCACGGACAAGCCCUGCCUCUGACCAGGACACCACGUCUCCAUCCGCCCUGGUGCCCUCACAUGCCGCGACGUCGCCUUCUCUACAUUCCCCCACAUCACAAGCCGGGGACCCUACUGCACCCGUCCCUGCCACCUCACCAAGCACGCCUGCCGGGCUGGGGACCAGCGGCGCGUUGAGCACAAGCUCGGGACCUGUGACAAGUCCACCCUCAGGUGUGAGCAGCAGCUCAGGUGACAGCCGGGUGUUUUCAGAAGCGUCUCCGGCUACAGAGGGACUCCACCUUUCCGGGAACGCAGCAGUGACCAGCUUGGGGACCAUCACGUCUACACAGGAGUCCCAGUCCUCUGCCCCAGCGGGAUCAGAGACACCCAAAGGCACCACUGCAGUAGUCCCCUCUUCGCUCAGUGGGGACGCCUCAUUUCCCACACCGGAGGCUGGCCGUUCUGAAACCACAGAGUCUGAGACACAGUCAACGUCAUCCCCUGGCCUGGAACCACGGGAAACCAGCACGUCCCCGCACACCACCGUGGACUCGGAGACAAUGAGUGUCCCUUCACCAGCGUCCACUGAUACUACUGCAGAGGACUCUAGGACCCACGUCAUCUCCUCCAGCAGGACAUCCUUCCCUGGCCCUGCUCAGUCCACGAUGUCACCAGACAUCUCCACAGGAAUCAACACCAGGCUCUCUACCUCCCCCAUCUUGACCGAGUCCACAGCGAUGGCCAUGGUCCCCAAAACAGUUGUCCCUGGGGCUACAUCACAGGACACAAGUAACACGGAUGCAUCAACCACGGCCUCCUGGGCUGAAAGUCACUCAGCAGGGACUCGGGUUUCUGCAAGCUCAGUAGUGACCAUUGGCGUGGACACGGGUUCUGAGGUUGUGUCACGGACAAGCCCUGCCUCUGACCAGGACACCACGUCUCCAUCCGCCCUGGUGCCCUCACAUGCCGCGACGUCGCCUUCUCUACAUUCCCCCACAUCACAAGCCGGGGACCCUACUGCACCCGUCCCUGCCACCUCACCAAGCACGCCUGCCGGGCUGGGGACCAGCGGCGCGUUGAGCACAAGCUCGGGACCUGUGACAAGUCCACCCUCAGGUGUGAGCAGCAGCUCAGGUGACAGCCGGGUGUUUUCAGAAGCGUCUCCGGCUACAGAGGGACUCCACCUUUCCGGGAACGCAGCAGUGACCAGCUUGGGGACCAUCACGUCUACACAGGAGUCCCAGUCCUCUGCCCCAGCGGGAUCAGAGACACCCAAAGGCACCACUGCAGUAGUCCCCUCUUCGCUCAGUGGGGACGCCUCAUUUCCCACACCGGAGGCUGGCCGUUCUGAAACCACAGAGUCUGAGACACAGUCAACGUCAUCCCCUGGCCUGGAACCACGGGAAACCAGCACGUCCCCGCACACCACCGUGGACUCGGAGACAAUGAGUGUCCCUUCACCAGCGUCCACUGAUACUACUGCAGAGGACUCUAGGACCCAUGUCAUCUCCUCCAGCAGGACAUCCUUCCCUGGCCCUGCUCAGUCCACGAUGUCACCAGACAUCUCCACAGGAAUCAACACCAGGCUCUCUACCUCCCCCAUCUUGACCGAGUCCACAGCGAUGGCCAUGGUCCCCAAAACAGUUGUCCCUGGGGCUACAUCACAGGACACAAGUAACACGGAUGCAUCAACCACGGCCUCCUGGGCCGAAAGUCACUCAGCAGGGACUCGGGUUUCUGCAAGCUCAGUAGUGACCAUUGGCGUGGACACGGGUUCUGAGGUUGUGUCACGGACAAGCCCUGCCUCUGACCAGGACACCACGUCUCCAUCCGCCCUGGUGCCCUCACAUGCCGCGACGUCGCCUUCUCUACAUUCCCCCACAUCACAAGCCGGGGACCCUACUGCACCCGUCCCUGCCACCUCACCAAGCACGCCUGCCGGGCUGGGGACCAGCGGCGCGUUGAGCACAAGCUCGGGACCUGUGACAAGUCCACCCUCAGGUGUGAGCAGCAGCUCAGGUGACAGCCGGGUGUUUUCAGAAGCGUCUCCGGCUACAGAGGGACUCCACCUUUCCGGGAACGCAGCAGUGACCAGCUUGGGGACCAUCACGUCUACACAGGAGUCCCAGUCCUCUGCCCCAGCGGGAUCAGAGACACCCAAAGGCACCACUGCAGUAGUCCCCUCUUCGCUCAGUGGGGACGCCUCAUUUCCCACACCGGAGGCUGGCCGUUCUGAAACCACAGAGUCUGAGACACAGUCAACGUCAUCCCCUGGCCUGGAACCACGGGAAACCAGCACGUCCCCGCACACCACCGUGGACUCGGAGACAAUGAGUGUCCCUUCACCAGCGUCCACUGAUACUACUGCAGAGGACUCUAGGACCCAUGUCAUCUCCUCCAGCAGGACAUCCUUCCCUGGCCCUGCUCAGUCCACGAUGUCACCAGACAUCUCCACAGGAAUCAACACCAGGCUCUCUACCUCCCCCAUCUUGACCGAGUCCACAGCGAUGGCCAUGGUCCCCAAAACAGUUGUCCCUGGGGCUACAUCACAGGACACAAGUAACACGGAUGCAUCAACCACGGCCUCCUGGGCCGAAAGUCACUCAGCAGGGACUCGGGUUUCUGCAAGCUCAGUAGUGACCAUUGGCGUGGACACGGGUUCUGAGGUUGUGUCACGGACAAGCCCUGCCUCUGACCAGGACACCACGUCUCCAUCCGCCCUGGUGCCCUCACAUGCCGCGACGUCGCCUUCUCUACAUUCCCCCACAUCACAAGCCGGGGACCCUACUGCACCCGUCCCUGCCACCUCACCAAGCACGCCUGCCGGGCUGGGGACCAGCGGCGCGUUGAGCACAAGCUCGGGACCUGUGACAAGUCCACCCUCAGGUGUGAGCAGCAGCUCAGGUGACAGCCGGGUGUUUUCAGAAGCGUCUCCGGCUACAGAGGGACUCCACCUUUCCGGGAACGCAGCAGUGACCAGCUUGGGGACCAUCACGUCUACACAGGAGUCCCAGUCCUCUGCCCCAGCGGGAUCAGAGACACCCAAAGGCACCACUGCAGUAGUCCGCCCUUCGCUCAGUGGGGACGCCUCAUUUCCCACACCGGAGGCUGGCCGUUCUGAAACCACAGAGUCUGAGACACAGUCAACGUCAUCCCCUGGCCUGGAACCACGGGAAACCAGCACGUCCCCGCACACCACCGUGGACUCGGAGACAAUGAGUGUCCCUUCACCAGCGUCCACUGAUACUACUGCAGAGGACUCUAGGACCCAUGUCAUCUCCUCCAGCAGGACAUCCUUCCCUGGCCCUGCUCAGUCCACGAUGUCACCAGACAUCUCCACAGGAAUCAACACCAGGCUCUCUACCUCCCCCAUCUUGACCGAGUCCACAGCGAUGGCCAUGGUCCCCAAAACAGUUGUCCCUGGGGCUACAUCACAGGACACAAGUAACACGGAUGCAUCAACCACGGCCUCCUGGGCCGAAAGUCACUCAGCAGGGACUCGGGUUUCUGCAAGCUCAGUAGUGACCAUUGGCGUGGACACGGGUUCUGAGGUUGUGUCACGGACAAGCCCUGCCUCUGACCAGGACACCACGUCUCCAUCCGCCCUGGUGCCCUCACAUGCCGCGACGUCGCCUUCUCUACAUUCCCCCACAUCACAAGCCGGGGACCCUACUGCACCCGUCCCUGCCACCUCACCAAGCACGCCUGCCGGGCUGGGGACCAGCGGCGCGUUGAGCACAAGCUCGGGACCUGUGACAAGUCCACCCUCAGGUGUGAGCAGCAGCUCAGGUGACAGCCGGGUGUUUUCAGAAGCGUCUCCGGCUACAGAGGGACUCCACCUUUCCGGGAACGCAGCAGUGACCAGCUUGGGGACCAUCACGUCUACACAGGAGUCCCAGUCCUCUGCCCCAGCGGGAUCAGAGACACCCAAAGGCACCACUGCAGUAGUCCCCUCUUCGCUCAGUGGGGACGCCUCAUUUCCCACACCGGAGGCUGGCCGUUCUGAAACCACAGAGUCUGAGACACAGUCAACGUCAUCCCCUGGCCUGGAACCACGGGAAACCAGCACGUCCCCGCACACCACCGUGGACUCGGAGACAAUGAGUGUCCCUUCACCAGCGUCCACUGAUACUACUGCAGAGGACUCUAGGACCCAUGUCAUCUCCUCCAGCAGGACAUCCUUCCCUGGCCCUGCUCAGUCCACGAUGUCACCAGACAUCUCCACAGGAAUCAACACCAGGCUCUCUACCUCCCCCAUCUUGACCGAGUCCACAGCGAUGGCCAUGGUCCCCAAAACAGUUGUCCCUGGGGCUACAUCACAGGACACAAGUAACACGGAUGCAUCAACCACGGCCUCCUGGGCCGAAAGUCACUCAGCAGGGACUCGGGUUUCUGCAAGCUCAGUAGUGACCAUUGGCGUGGACACGGGUUCUGAGGUUGUGUCACGGACAAGCCCUGCCUCUGACCAGGACACCACGUCUCCAUCCGCCCUGGUGCCCUCACAUGCCGCGACGUCGCCUUCUCUACAUUCCCCCACAUCACAAGCCGGGGACCCUACUGCACCCGUCCCUGCCACCUCACCAAGCACGCCUGCCGGGCUGGGGACCAGCGGCGCGUUGAGCACAAGCUCGGGACCUGUGACAAGUCCACCCUCAGGUGUGAGCAGCAGCUCAGGUGACAGCCGGGUGUUUUCAGAAGCGUCUCCGGCUACAGAGGGACUCCACCUUUCCGGGAACGCAGCAGUGACCAGCUUGGGGACCAUCACGUCUACACAGGAGUCCCAGUCCUCUGCCCCAGCGGGAUCAGAGACACCCAAAGGCACCACUGCAGUAGUCCGCCCUUCGCUCAGUGGGGACGCCUCAUUUCCCACACUGGAGGCUGGCCGUUCUGAAACCACAGAGUCUGAGACACAGUCAACGUCAUCCCCUGGCCUGGAACCACGGGAAACCAGCACGUCCCCGCACACCACCGUGGACUCGGAGACAAUGAGUGUCCCUUCACCAGCGUCCACUGAUACUACUGCAGAGGACUCUAGGACCCAUGUCAUCUCCUCCAGCAGGACAUCCUUCCCUGGCCCUGCUCAGUCCACGAUGUCACCAGACAUCUCCACAGGAAUCAACACCAGGCUCUCUACCUCCCCCAUCUUGACCGAGUCCACAGCGAUGGCCAUGGUCCCCAAAACAGUUGUCCCUGGGGCUACAUCACAGGACACAAGUAACACGGAUGCAUCAACCACGGCCUCCUGGGCCGAAAGUCACUCAGCAGGGACUCGGGUUUCUGCAAGCUCAGUAGUGACCAUUGGCGUGGACACGGGUUCUGAGGUUGUGUCACGGACAAGCCCUGCCUCUGACCAGGACACCACGUCUCCAUCCGCCCUGGUGCCCUCACAUGCCGCGACGUCGCCUUCUCUACAUUCCCCCACAUCACAAGCCGGGGACCCUACUGCACCCGUCCCUGCCACCUCACCAAGCACGCCUGCCGGGCUGGGGACCAGCGGCGCGUUGAGCACAAGCUCGGGACCUGUGACAAGUCCACCCUCAGGUGUGAGCAGCAGCUCAGGUGACAGCCGGGUGUUUUCAGAAGCGUCUCCGGCUACAGAGGGACUCCACCUUUCCGGGAACGCAGCAGUGACCAGCUUGGGGACCAUCACGUCUACACAGGAGUCCCAGUCCUCUGCCCCAGCGGGAUCAGAGACACCCAAAGGCACCACUGCAGUAGUCCCCUCUUCGCUCAGUGGGGACGCCUCAUUUCCCACACCGGAGGCUGGCCGUUCUGAAACCACAGAGUCUGAGACACAGUCAACGUCAUCCCCUGGCCUGGAACCACGGGAAACCAGCACGUCCCCGCACACCACCGUGGACUCGGAGACAAUGAGUGUCCCUUCACCAGCGUCCACUGAUACUACUGCAGAGGACUCUAGGACCCAUGUCAUCUCCUCCAGCAGGACAUCCUUCCCUGGCCCUGCUCAGUCCACGAUGUCACCAGACAUCUCCACAGGAAUCAACACCAGGCUCUCUACCUCCCCCAUCUUGACCGAGUCCACAGCGAUGGCCAUGGUCCCCAAAACAGUUGUCCCUGGGGCUACAUCACAGGACACAAGUAACACGGAUGCAUCAACCACGGCCUCCUGGGCCGAAAGUCACUCAGCAGGGACUCGGGUUUCUGCAAGCUCAGUAGUGACCAUUGGCGUGGACACGGGUUCUGAGGUUGUGUCACGGACAAGCCCUGCCUCUGACCAGGACACCACGUCUCCAUCCGCCCUGGUGCCCUCACAUGCCGCGACGUCGCCUUCUCUACAUUCCCCCACAUCACAAGCCGGGGACCCUACUGCACCCGUCCCUGCCACCUCACCAAGCACGCCUGCCGGGCUGGGGACCAGCGGCGCGUUGAGCACAAGCUCGGGACCUGUGACAAGUCCACCCUCAGGUGUGAGCAGCAGCUCAGGUGACAGCCGGGUGUUUUCAGAAGCGUCUCCGGCUACAGAGGGACUCCACCUUUCCGGGAACGCAGCAGUGACCAGCUUGGGGACCAUCACGUCUACACAGGAGUCCCAGUCCUCUGCCCCAGCGGGAUCAGAGACACCCAAAGGCACCACUGCAGUAGUCCGCCCUUCGCUCAGUGGGGACGCCUCAUUUCCCACACUGGAGGCUGGCCGUUCUGAAACCACAGAGUCUGAGACACAGUCAACGUCAUCCCCUGGCCUGGAACCACGGGAAACCAGCACGUCCCCGCACACCACCGUGGACUCGGAGACAAUGAGUGUCCCUUCACCAGCGUCCACUGAUACUACUGCAGAGGACUCUAGGACCCAUGUCAUCUCCUCCAGCAGGACAUCCUUCCCUGGCCCUGCUCAGUCCACGAUGUCACCAGACAUCUCCACAGGAAUCAACACCAGGCUCUCUACCUCCCCCAUCUUGACCGAGUCCACAGCGAUGGCCAUGGUCCCCAAAACAGUUGUCCCUGGGGCUACAUCACAGGACACAAGUAACACGGAUGCAUCAACCACGGCCUCCUGGGCCGAAAGUCACUCAGCAGGGACUCGGGUUUCUGCAAGCUCAGUAGUGACCAUUGGCGUGGACACGGGUUCUGAGGUUGUGUCACGGACAAGCCCUGCCUCUGACCAGGACACCACGUCUCCAUCCGCCCUGGUGCCCUCACAUGCCGCGACGUCGCCUUCUCUACAUUCCCCCACAUCACAAGCCGGGGACCCUACUGCACCCGUCCCUGCCACCUCACCAAGCACGCCUGCCGGGCUGGGGACCAGCGGCGCGUUGAGCACAAGCUCGGGACCUGUGACAAGUCCACCCUCAGGUGUGAGCAGCAGCUCAGGUGACAGCCGGGUGUUUUCAGAAGCGUCUCCGGCUACAGAGGGACUCCACCUUUCCGGGAACGCAGCAGUGACCAGCUUGGGGACCAUCACGUCUACACAGGAGUCCCAGUCCUCUGCCCCAGCGGGAUCAGAGACACCCAAAGGCACCACUGCAGUAGUCCCCUCUUCGCUCAGUGGGGACGCCUCAUUUCCCACACCGGAGGCUGGCCGUUCUGAAACCACAGAGUCUGAGACACAGUCAACGUCAUCCCCUGGCCUGGAACCACGGGAAACCAGCACGUCCCCGCACACCACCGUGGACUCGGAGACAAUGAGUGUCCCUUCACCAGUGUCCACUGAUACUACUGCAGAGGACUCUAGGACCCAUGUCAUCUCCUCCAGCAGGACAUCCUUCCCUGGCCCUGCUCAGUCCACGAUGUCACCAGACAUCUCCACAGGAAUCAACACCGGGCUCUCUACCUCCCCCAUCUUGACCGAGUCCACAGCGAUGGCCAUGGUCCCCAAAACAGUUGUCCCUGGGGCUACAUCACAGGACACAAGUAACACGGAUGCAUCAACCACGGCCUCCUGGGCCGAAAGUCACUCAGCAGGGACUCGGGUUUCUGCAAGCUCAGUAGUGACCAUUGGCGUGGACACGGGUUCUGAGGUUGUGUCACGGACAAGCCCUGCCUCUGACCAGGACACCACGUCUCCAUCCGCCCUGGUGCCCUCACAUGCCGCGACGUCGCCUUCUCUACAUUCCCCCACAUCACAAGCCGGGGACCCUACUGCACCCGUCCCUGCCACCUCACCAAGCACGCCUGCCGGGCUGGGGACCAGCGGCGCGUUGAGCACAAGCUCGGGACCUGUGACAAGUCCACCCUCAGGUGUGAGCAGCAGCUCAGGUGACAGCCGGGUGUUUUCAGAAGCGUCUCCGGCUACAGAGGGACUCCACCUUUCCGGGAACGCAGCAGUGACCAGCUUGGGGACCAUCACGUCUACACAGGAGUCCCAGUCCUCUGCCCCAGCGGGAUCAGAGACACCCAAAGGCACCACUGCAGUAGUCCCCUCUUCGCUCAGUGGGGACGCCUCAUUUCCCACACCGGAGGCUGGCCGUUCUGAAACCACAGAGUCUGAGACACAGUCAACGUCAUCCCCUGGCCUGGAACCACGGGAAACCAGCACGUCCCCGCACACCAUCAUGAACUUAGAGAAAAUCACUGUCCCUUCUCUAGUGUCCACUGAGUCUUCCAUGGAAGCCUCCAGGACCAACAUCAUCUCCUCCAGCAGGACAUCCUUCCCUGGCCCUGCUCAGUCCACGAUUUCACCGUACAUCGGAAUCUUUACCAGGCUUUUUACCUACCCCGACAUGACCAAGUCCAUAGGUAUAGCCAUGGUCCCCAAAACAGUUGUCCCUGGGGCUACAUCACAGGACACAAGUAACACGGAUGCAUCAACCACGGCCUCCUGGGCCGAAAGUCACUCAGCAGGGACUCGGGUUUCUGCAAGCUCAGUAGUGACCAUUGGCGUGGACACGGGUUCUGAGGUUGUGUCACGGACAAGCCCUUCCUCUGACCAUAUUACCACAUCGCCAUCCCCCCUGGAGCCCUCGAGUGCCAUGACUUCAUCUUCUCGACUUUCCCCCACAUCACAAGCCAGGGACCUUUCUCCACCCUUCCCUGCCACCUCACCAGGCACACCUGGUUUUCUGGGGAUCCCUGGCACAAUGAGCACAGGUUUGGGACCUGUGACGAUUCCACCUUCAGGUUUGAGCAGGACCUCAGGUGACACCCAGGUAAUCUCCGAAGUGUCUGCUGCUACCGAGGGACUCUAUCUUUCUGGGAACACAACAGUAACAAACAUGGGCGCAAUCAUGUCUGCACAGGAGUCCCAGUCUUCUACCCCAGCGGGCUCAGAGACACCGAAAAGCACCACUGCAGUUGUCACCUCUCCUCUCAGUGGGGACACUUCGUUUUCCACUCCAAUGUCUGACCUUUCUGAAACCACAGAGUUUAGGACACAGUCAACGUCUUUCUUUGGCCCACAACCACGGGACACCAGCACCUCCUGGCAUACCAUCAUGGCCUCGGGGAAAAUGACUGUCCCUUCUAUAGUGGUCACUGACACUACCAUGGAAGCCUCCAGGACCAGCGUCAUCUCCUCCAGCAGGACAUCCAUCCCUGGCCCUUCUCAGUCCACGAUGUCACCAGACAUCCCCACAGGAAUCAACACCAGGCUUUCUACCUCUGCCCUAGGUGUUGAACCUGGGACAAUCAGCUUCAUUACCCCGAAAGCUUCAUCUGGAGUUCCAGGAGCCAGCUCAGCCACCUUCUCAACCAGUCCAUAUUGGAGGACAGAACCAGGCCCUGGAGAUGCUAUGCCCACCAUUGCAGAGAACCUGCCUUCAUCAGCUUCAGUACCAUUCCCCUCUUCAACCUUCACUACUGCUUACUCUUCAACCAACCCAGCCCCCCAUGGGAUUACUUCCUCACUCGCUACCCAACGUAUGGUGGGCACCAGCACUGCGGCAGAGAGGAUCACUGCCAAAGGACCCUUGGUUGUGGCCAGUACUUUGGAGACGUGGACUGAGCCAGUCAGGACAUCUUUAUCAUCCAUUAUGGGUACCAGAAUGACAGAGCAUAUUCACUUGGGAACAGUGACACAUGCCUCUCAACUUCCUUCACAGUCAACACAGUUGACAAGGACUGAUGGCAUUGUGGAGCAAAUCUCAAAGAAACCCAAUGAGGCAGCCCAUGGAGGAGCCACAGGACCAGCCCAUGUCUCUGUGGCACUCACAUCAUCUGCUAGUCCAAAAGGACCACCAACAGAGUGGACAGAAAGCGCAGAAAUCACAGCUCUGAAGACCACCUCUACAGCAACUUUGACCACUACAGUCUCUACUCCCACUUCUGGAAUGCUGACUCUCCUCAGGACGUCAAGUAAAAUGGCCAGCACAAGCACAAGAGGAACGAUCUUUACAACCCCAGAUGUUUCCCCUGAUGUUCUAGAGAUGACAGCCUCACUGGCCACCAGACCAGGAGCAGAUACCAGCACAGAGCUUCCCAGGACAACCUCAUCUGUUUUCAAUAGAGGGUCAGAAACCACACCCUCACUGGUCCCUAGUUCUGGGGCAAAGAACAGUCCCGCUGUUCCAACUCUGACUGUCUUCCCUGGUGUACCAGAAAUGGUGACCUCGCUGGUAACAAGUCCUGGGGCAGAGACAAGUAUGGUCAUUUCAACUCUAACUGAUUCCCAAGAUGAACCAGAGACCUCUGCCUUAUGGGUCACCCAUCCUGUGGUGCAGAGCAGUUCAUCCACUCCAACUCCAAAUGUCUUCCCUAGUGAGCCAGGGCUGGUGACCUCACUGGAUACUAGUUUUACAGCAGAGACCAGCCCAGCUGGUCAACCUCUGACUAUUUCUCCUGGUAAGCUAGAUACAAAAGUCUCAUUGAUUACACGUCCUGAGUCACAGACUGGUUCAGCCAUUCCAACUCCAACCAUCUCCCCUAAUAUAAUAGGGGUAGAAAUCUCACCAGUCACCAAUUCUGAGGCAGAAGCCAGUACAGCAUUUAUAACUCUGACUGACGAACUAGAGGCAACAGCCUCACAGGUCACCCAUGCUGGAACAGAAGCCAUUUCCACUGUUGGAGCUUUGACUGUUUCCCCUGGUGAGCCAAAUACAAGAGCCUCAUGGGGUCAUUCCACAGAGAACAGCACACCUGUUUCCAGAAUAACUCUGGAUUUUUCUCAAAGUGAACUAGACACCACACUCUCAAUGGCCACCACUCCUGAGGCAGAAGCUAGUUCAGCCACUCCAACAAUCACUGUCUCACCUGGUGUACCAGAUAUGGUGACCUCACAGGUCACUAGUUCUGGGACAGAUGCCAGUACAACCUCUUUGACUCUGACUGAAUCCCUGCAUGAAUCAGAUACAACAGUCUCCUUAGUCACUUAUCCUGCAACAUCCAGCCCAACAGUUCCCGGGACAACCCCCCAUGUUUCCCAUAGGGAAUCAAACAGCAUGCCCUCAACAGCCGCCAGCCUUGAGACAGAAGCCAGUUCAGCUGCUCCAACUACACCUAUCUCCCUUGGUGUACCAGACAUGGUGACUUCACAGGCCACUAGUUCUGGGACAGGUGCCAGUAUGGUUCUUUCACCUCUGACUCUUUCUGCUGGUGAACCAGUAAGCACAGUCUCAUGGGUUAAUCGUAAUGGAGCACAGACCAGUUUUUCCGUCUCAACUCCAACUGUCUCCCCUGGUGUAUCAGAGGUGGGGACCUCGCUGGUCACUAAUUCUGGGGCAGAGACCAGUGCAACUUUUCUAACUCUUACUGAUUCCUCACAUGAUUCAGAGACAACAGCCUUAUGGGUCACCCAUUCUGCAAAGACCGGCACAUCUGUUUCCAGAAUAACUCCGCACGGUGAAUCAGACAUCUCAUUCUCAACAGCUACCACUCCAGGGUCAGAGAUCAGUUCACCUUCAGCUACAACUGUCUCACCCACUCUGCCAGGAUUGGUGACUUUAUUGGCUACCAGUUCUGAGGUGGAAGCCAAUACAACUCUCUCAACUCUGACUGAUUCACUGCAUGAACUGGAGACCACAGCCUCAUGGGUCACCCAUUCUGAGAAAAAAGCCAGUUCAGCUUCUCCACCUCUUUCUGUUUCCCCUGGGGAGCCAGAAACAGCAGUCUCAUUGGUCACCCAUUCUGCAGAGAACAGUCCAACUAUUCCCAAGGCAACGCCCAGUUUUUCCCAUAGUGAAUCAGAUACCACACACUCAGUAGCUACCAGUUCUGGGGCACAGACAAUUUCAGCCAUUCUAACUCCAGCAGGCUCCCCUGGUGUAUCAGGGGUGGAAAUCUCACUGAUCACAAGUUCUGAGGCAGAGACCAGUACAACUCUUACAACUCUCACUGUUUCUCCAGGUCAACUGGAGACCACAGCCUCAUGGGUCACCCAUUCUGAGAAAGAAGCCAGUUCAGCUGCUCCUACUCUUACUAUUUCCCCUGAGGAGCCAGAAACAGCAGUCUCAUUGAUCACCCAUCCUGCAGAGACCAGUAAUACAGUUCCAAGGACUAUACCCAGUGUUUCCCAUAGUGAAUCAUAUACCACACCCUUAGUGGCCACCAGCCAUGGGGCAGAAGUCAGUUCUGUUGUUCCAACUCCAACUGUUUCCCCUGGUGUACCAGAUAUGGUGACCUCACAGGUCACUAGUACUGAGAAAGAGGCCAGUAUGGCUAUCUCGACUCUGAAUCUUUCUCCUGUGGAGUCAGUGACCACAGCCAUGAUGGUUACUCAUUCUGGGGCACAGACCAGUUCAGCCAUUCCAGCUCCAACUGUCUCCUCUACUGUGCCAGAGCUGGUGACCUCAAUGGUCACCAGUACUGGGGAAGAAGUCAGUACAAGUUUUACAACUCUGACUGUUUCUCCAAGUCAACUGGAGACCACGGCUUCAUGGGUCACCCAUUCUGGGACAGAAGCCAGUUCAGCUGUUCCAACUCAGACUGAUUUUACACAUAAGCCAGAUAUAACAGUCUCAUUGGCCACCCAUUCUGCAGAGACCAGCCCAAACACCUCUGUCCCCACAACACCUCUGGUUUUUUCCAAAAGUGAACCAGAUACCACAUACUCAAUAGCCACCAGUCUUGGGGCAGAAGUCCGUUCAGUUGUUCCAAGUCCAACCAUCUCCCCUGGUGUACCAGAUAUGGGGACCUCCCAGGCCCCUAGUUCUGAGACAGAUGCUGAUAUGACUAUUCCAAGUCUGACUCUUUCUCCUAGUGAACCAGCAACCACAGCCUUAUUGGUCACCCAGUCCAGUACAAAAACAAUCACGAAUUUUCCUAGUUCGACUGCUUUUCCUCACUUACCAGAGACCAUAGCCUCACUAUCCAUCCGGCCUCAGCUGGAGAUUAGUGCAGCUCUUCCAACUCAGACUGUUUCCCCCAGUCCAGCAGAAAUAACAUCCUUCACCACACCUGUGACCAAGACCAGUGGAGGUGAUCUAGGUCCAACUAUCUCACUUGGUGUUCCUGCAGAAACAGCCUCACUUUCCACCCAUCCUGGCACAGACGUCAGCACAGCUAUUUCAACCUCAACUCUUUCCCCCAUUUUACUGGAAACCACAGGCUUACUGGCCCCCAGCCCUCCAUCAAAUGCCAGCACCAGUAUCCCAACUUUGACUCCUGGUGUUCUUGGGCCUGUCAGUACCCCUGCAACCACUGGUGAACCCUCACCACCUGUGACUUCAGUUGGACUCCCUGAAUUGUCCAAAACUGUGACUCUGAUAGCAUCAGAGACCCCAACACCACCGAAAACUGGUCACAGAGAAGGACUGAGUUCAACCACUGUCCUGAAAAUCACAACUCUUGAGACCACCAAUGUAGCUGCUACAGGUUCAGGCCCCAUCAUGGCAGAGAACACAACCACCUUCAGUACAUCAGCAGGAAGUCCCUUUGUCCCUGAGACCUCACCUGGGACAUCCACCAUGACCUCUCUGAGUGUGACUUCAGAAACAGCUGCAGUUCCUUUCUUGAUGCCUUUUACUGUCAACUUCACUGUCACCAACCUGUACUACACAGAGGACAUGGAAAACUCAGGCUCUGAGAUAUUCAAUGCGACUGAGAGAAACCUGCAGCCCCUGCUCAGGACUUUGUUCAAAAACAGCAGCAUUGGUUCCCUCUAUGCUGGCUGCAGGCUGACCUUGCUCAGGGCUGAAAAGGAUGGAACAAGCACCAGAAUGGAUGCGGUCUGCACCUACCACCCAGAUCCCACAGGCUUUAGGCUGGACAGAGAGCAGCUGUACUGGGAGCUAAGUCAGCAGACCCAUGGUGUCACUCGGCUGGGCCCUUACACCCUGGACAGGGACAGUCUCUGUGUCAAUGGUUAUAAUCCUCAGUACUGGAUCCCCACCACCAGCCCUCCAAUGACUUCUACAUUCUCUCCAGGACUUCCUACUUCUCUAUCUCCCACCCCGAGUUCUACAGCUGCAGGUGUGGGUCCUGACCUGGUGCCAUUCACCCUCAACUUCACCAUCACCAACCUGCUCUGCACCCCAGACAUGAGGCGCCCAGGCUCCAUUAAGUUCAACUCCACUGAGAGGGCCCUGAAUCGCCUGCUUGGUCCCUUGUUCAAGAACACCAGUAUUGGCCCACUGUACUCUGGUUGCAGACUGUCCUUGCUCAGGACUGAGAAGGAUGGAGCAGCAACUGGAGUGGAUGCCAUCUGCACCUACCGUCCUGACCCCAUGGGCCCCAGGCUGAACAGAGAAGAAUUGUACCAGGAGCUGAGUCAGUUGACCCACAGUGUCACGCAGCUGGGCACCUACAUCCUGGACAGAGACAGUCUCUAUGUCAAUGGUUAUAACCAUCGGUACUGGACCCCUACCACCAGCACUCCAGUGACUUCCACAUUCUCUCCCGAAUCUUCCACAACUCUGUCCCCCAUCCUCAGCUCUACAGGUGUGAGCCUGUCUCUGGUGCCCUUCACCCUCAACUUCACCAUCACCAGCCUGCGCUACACAGAGGACAUGGGAUCCCCAGGAUCUCAGCUAUUCAAUUCCACAGAGAGGACCUUGAAUCGUCUGCUCAAACCCUUGUUCCAGAACAGCAGUAUUGGGCCUCUCUAUUACGGCUGCAGGUUGACCUUGCUCAGGCCUGAGAAAAAGGGAACAGCUACCGGAGUUGAUGCUGUUUGUACUUACCAUCCUGACCCUGCGGGCCCUAAGCUAAACAGAGAGAAGCUGUACUGGGAGCUGAGCCAGCAGACCCAUGGUGUCACCCAGCUGGGCUCCUUUACCCUGGACAAGAACAGCCUCUAUGUCAAUGGUUACAACCACUGGACCUCGGCCCCCACACCCAGUGCUGCCGUGACCCCCAUGCUCUUUCCAAGGACCUCGGUGGUGCCAACCCACUUCUCCAGCUACACAGCAGCGGUUCCUUUCCUGGUGCCGUUCACCCUCAACUUCACCAUAACCAACCUGCACUACGAAGAGAGCAUGCGGCAUCCAGGCUCUUGGAAAUUCAACUCCACGGAGAAGAUCCUACAGGGUCUACUCAAACUCCUGUUCAGGAAUAGCAGUCUGGGAUUCCUCUAUUCAGGCUGUAGAUUGGCUUCCCUCAGGCCUGAGAAGGAUGGGGCAGCCACCAGAGUGGAUGCCAUGUGUAUGCAUCACCCCGACCCUGAAGGCCUGGGACUCGACAGAGAGCAGCUGUACUGGGAGCUGAGCCAGCUGACCCAUGGCAUUGCCCUGCUGGGCCACUACACCCUGGACAGGAACAGUCUCUAUGUCAAUGGUUUCACCCAUCAGAGCUCUGCACCCAUCACCAACACUCCAGGGACCUCUACAGUGCACCUGGGUACCUCUGGGACUCCAUCCUCCUUUCCCAGCUCCAUCCCCAUGGGUUAUACCCAUCAGGUCCUGACCUCCACCCCCAGCACCUCUACCAUAUCCCCAGCAACCUCAUCGACCCCCAUCCCUGCCCCCACAGCCACUGGUCUUGCCCCGGUGCCGUUUACUCUCAACUUCACCAUCACUAACCUGCAGCACCAGGAAGGUAUGAGUCGCCCUGGUUCCUGGAGGUUCAACAGCACCCAGAGAAACCUGCAGCGGCUGCUUGGACCCUUGUUCAAGAACACCAGUGUGGGGCCCCUCUACUCAGGCUGCAGGCUGACCUUGCUCAGGCCCGAGAAGGAUGGGGCAGCCACUGGAGUGGAUGCCAUCUGCACCCACCGCCCUGACCCCAUGGGCCCUGGGCUGGACAGAGAGCGGCUGUACCAGGAGCUGACCGAGCUGACCCGCGGCGUCACCAGGCUGGGUCCCUACACCCUGGACCCAGAUAGUCUCUACAUCAAUGGUUACACCCACCAAACCCAGGCUACCACCCCCAGCGCUUCUAUGGUGGCCACAGUUUCUGCAGGGGUGCCAGCCUCCUUCUCCAGUCCCACAGCUGCUGGCCCUGCCCCAGUACCCUUCACCCUCAACUUCACCAUCAUCAACCUGCAUUACACGAAGGCCAUGCGGCCGGGCUCUGCGAAGUUCAACUCCACAGAGUCAGUCCUACAAGGCCUGCUCAAGCCCUUGUUUGCCAACAGCAGCAUUGGGUCACUCUACACUGGCUGCAAAGUGACCACACUAAGGCCUGAAAAAAGUGGAACAGCCACUGGAGUGGACGCUGUCUGCACCUACCAACCUGACCCCUCGGGUCUCCAGCUGGACAGGGAGCGGCUCUACUGGGAGCUGAGCCACCAGACACAUGGUGUCACUCAGCUUGGUUCCUACAUCCUGGACAGGGACAGUCUCUAUGUCAAUGGUUACACCAGACCACCACCGACCUCCAUCCCCAGUGUUCCUGUGACUUCCACGCCCUCAGGGACCUCUGCAGCUCCAAUCUCCUUCUCCAGCUCCACAGUCUCUGGCCCUGACCUGGUUCCAUUCACCCUUAACUUCACCAUCACCAACCUGCGCUACACGGAGGACAUGGAGCUUAUGGGCUCUGCCAAGUUCAGUGAAACAGAGAUGAUCUUGCAGAGCCUGCUCAGACCCUUAUUCAAGAAAACCAGUGUCGGCCCGCUCUACUCUGGCUGCAGACUGACCUCGCUCAGGCCCCAGAAGGCUGGAGCAGCCACCCGCGUGAACGCCGUCUGCUUCCGCCGCCCGGAUCCCACGGGCCUCGCGCUGGAUAGAGAGCGGCUGUACUGGGAGCUGAGCCGGCUGACCCAUGGCGUCACCAGGCUGGGCCACUACACCCUGGAGGAGGACAGUCUCUGUGUCAGUGGCUACACCCACCAGACACCAGUAACUGCCCCCAGUGCCACCGGACGACCGCUGGUGCCAUUCACUCUCAACUUCACUGUCACCAACCUGCACUACACGGAGGACAUGCAGCCUCCAGGCUCCCGGAAAUUUAACAGCACAGAGAAGUCCCUGAGGCUCCAGCUCCGACCCUUGUUCAAGAACACCAGUGUGGGGCCCCUCUACUCAGACUGCAGGCUGACCUUGCUCAGGCCCAAGAAUGAUGGGGCAGCCACUGGAGUGGAUGCCAUCUGCACCCACCGCCCUGACCCCAUGAGCCCUGGGCUGGACAGAGAGCGGCUGUACGAGGAGCUGAGCCAGCUGACCCGUGGCAUCACCAGGCUGGGUCCCUAUACCCUGGACCCGGAUAGUCUCUACAUCAAUGGUUACACCCGCCAGACCCAGGCCACCACCCCCAGCGGUUACACCCAUCCAGCUUCAGCCACCACCCCCAAGACCACUGGCCCCAUUCUGGUGUCCUUCACCCUGAACUUCACCAUCACUAACCUGCACUAUACUCAAGACAUGGGGCACCCAGCUUCUUCCAAGUUCAACUCCAUGGAGAGGAUCCUCCAGCAGCAGCUCAGGCUUUUGUUCAGUAAGACCACUAUCGGGCCCCUCUACGCUGGCUGCAGACUGGCCUCGCUCAGGCUUGAGAAGGGUGGAGCAGCCACUGGAGUGGACAUCUUCUGCGCCAUCCGCUCUGAUUCUGCAGACCCCAGGCUGGACAGGGAGCAGUUGUACUGGGAGCUGAGCCGUGAGACCUAUGGCAUCACCCAGCUGGGGCACUUCACCCUGGACAGGGACAGCCUCUAUGUCAACGGUUACACCUAUGGAACCAUAAUACCGACUACUACUACUGGGGAGGUCAGUGAGGAGCCAUUCACGCUGAACUUUACCAUCGACAACCUGCGCUACUCAGCGGAUAUGGGCCGCCCUGGUUCCCUCAAGUUCAACAUCACAGACAGCCUCAUGCAGCACCUGCUUGGCCCGUUGUUCCAGAGGAGCAGCCUAGGAGCCCGAUAUGCAGGCUGCAAAGUCACUUCACUAAGGUCUGUGAAGAAUGGUGCCAAAACAAGGGUGGACAUCCUCUGCACCUACCGGCAGCCCCCCAGCAGCCCGGAUCUGCCUGCCAAGCAGGUGUUCCAUGAGCUGAGCCGGCAGACCCGCGGCAUUACCCGGCUGGGUCCCUAUUCUCUGGACAAGGAUAGCCUCUACCUCAAUGGUUAUAAUGAACGUGGUCCAGAUGAGCCUCCUACAACUCCUGAGGCAGCCACCACAUUCCUGCCUCGUUCAUCAUCACCUACACAACCAGAAGCCACCACAGCUAUGGGAUACAACUUGAAGACCCUUACACUCAACUUCACCAUCUCGAACCUCCAGUAUUCAGUGGACAUGAGCAAUGGCUCAGCUAUGUUCAACUCCACCCAGAGGACCCUGCAGUGCCUGCUUGGAUCCUUAUUCCAGAAGAGCAGUUUGGGCCCCUUCUACUCAGAUUGCAGACUAAUCUCCCUCAGACCUGAGAAGGAUGGGCCAACCACCCAUGUUGAUGCCAUCUGCACCUACCUCCAUGACUCCAUGGGCCAUGGACUUGACAGAGAGCAGCUUUACUGGGAGCUGUACCAGCUGACCCGUGGUGUCACCCAGAUGGGCUUCUAUACCCUGGUCCAUGACAGCCUCUUCGUCAAUGGCUAUACACCCCAGAGUUUAUCUACCCAAAGGGAGUAUCAGCUAGAUUUCCGCAUCAUCAACUGGAACCUCAGCAACCCAGACCCCACAUCCUUGGAGUACACAGCCCUAUGGAGGGACAUCCAGGACAAGGUCACCAAACUCUACAGAGGCAGCCAGCUACAAGAUAUAUUCCACUCCUGCCUGGUCACCAAUUUGACGUUGGGCUCCAUGUUGGUCACUGUCCAGGUACUGUUCUCUUCCAAUGUGGACCCCAGCGUGGUGAAGAAAGUCUUUCUGGACAAGACCCUGAUUGUCUCAUCCCACUGGCUAGGGGCCACCUAUCAGCUAACGGACCUGCAUGUGACAGAAGUGGAGCCAUCAGCUCAUCUACCCACAGACAUACCAACAAGCAGUCCCAGCCCUGAGCACUUCCAGCUGAAUUUCACUGUCACCAACCUACUCUAUUCCCAGGACAUAGCCCAGCCAGGCACCACCAAACACCGGCAGAACAAGAGAAGUAUUGAGAAUGCGCUCAACCAGGUCUUCCGAAACAGCAGCAUCAAGAGUUUUUUCUCUGGCUGUCAAGUUUUAGCAUUCAGGUCUGUUCCACACAGCAGCCACACUGGGGUGGAGUCACUGUGUAACUUUUCACCAUUGGUUCGGAAACUGGACAGAGUUGCCAUUUAUUUGGAGUUCCUGAGGCUGACCAAUAAUGGCACCCAGCUGCAGAACUUUACCCUGGACAGAAACAGUGUCCUUGUGGAUGGGUAUUCUCCCAACAGAAAUGAUGUCUUGACUGAGAAUUCUGACCUCCCCUACUGGGCCAUCAUCCUUAUCUGCUUGGCAGGACUCCUGGUACUCAUCACAUGCCUGAUCUGCUGCUUCCUGGUCACCGUCUGCCGGCGGAAGAAGGAGGGAGGCUACGAGGUUCAGCAGCACAGCCUGGGCUAUUACCUGCCUCAUCUGGACCUGAGAAAGCUGCAGUGAGAGCUCUGCCUGGGGGCUCCAACAGGAAUAACCACACUGGAAUAGGAAUAAACCACAUUGGUCAGACACAGUCUCUGGGCCCUUCUUGACUUGGCCUCUGACUGGUUCACAGGAGACCGAGAUGAAAGGUUUUUCCUUUCACUGAGCCCCGAAGGGCAGCUGCAGUUCUGUCUUUUGGCUUCACACCAUUUCCUCCCUCAGAGGCAUCAGACCUGGCAAGAGACCCAGACAUUGUAUCAUGUAAAAUCAACAUUCCACCUCAAUUCGAGGUUUCUCUUCCUAGAAACCUUGGAGCACACCUCCCCUUGGCUCUGUGCCAACCACCACACCCAUCUCCGUUCCUCCAUAUUUCCCCACCCCUGAUGUUCUCCUGAUACUGUCUCAUUCUCGGAAGCUCGGGUUCACCAGGACUUCCAGACCAGUCUGCCUGAGGGGCUCCUCUCCCCUCAUGAGUCCUCCAAGAUGGGAAAUGGUCCAAGAAGGAAUGAGUGAGUCAGGAAUGACUGUGCAAUCAACAUUGGGACUUGGAGCCAAAAUGACCAGGUAUCUGGGAAGCCUCAGUCCCAGAGAAAUCUCAAGGCUUGAGAGACAUGGUUUCUGCUUUGGAUAUAAAGUUAAAUAACACUCAGUGGGAAAGAAAAAAAUCUGAGGAAAAGGCUAGACAGUCUUUCUUCAUCUUUCUCUGUGCUGACUCCAACUAGAUAGAGCAGGCUUGCCCCAGCAAGCAGCCCCAGAUGAGCAAGGCAUGAGGCAAGCUGUGCUGUCCUGCUUUGGAUUUGCAGGACUAGUUGGCAUGAGCUCUACACCUUUUGCAGACAACCACAGCUGAAGACACCCAAGGGCAGAGAAGUCACGGCAAUGCCACCUGUUCAAACUUACUUGGUGUGAGAGUCAUAUCCUCAGUCUUAAGCAGUCAUUCUCUGAGAAUGCCUUCUCUGGAAAUCAAAUAAUGAUAACAAGAGCUAUAUCAUUAUUGAUGCCUUAAUAUCUCCUAAGCAACAUGAGUGGUAAACUUUCCCAGCUGCCUUCUCAGUCUCUAGCCUCUGCAUGCAUUGUCUCAGCUAACACUCACCAUCCUUGAGAGCUGCAUUCCCAUUUUAUAGCUAAUGAUACAGAGGCUCAGAGAUACUAAAUAACCAGGAAGGAAAAAAUUUACUAAGAACCUAAGUUAAACACCUCACCACACUAUCUGUUGAAGAAAAAGGUAAAAACACUUUCUGAAAUAUGGACAGACUCAACAUUGCCCUGCCAGAGGCCUUCAGUGAAAGAACCAGUCAAGGAUGUACAUCAGGAAGCAGAAAUGUGAACCCAGAAAAAUGUAACAGGAGUGAUGAGGGAAAGAAAAAAUUCAGUGUAUCUAAAUCAGAAUUAAUCUUCAAACAAGGUGUUAAAGCACAUUCUAAAGUUCCAGAUGAGUGCCUCAUGGAAGAAGAGAGGAUGGGAUAUUACUGAGCCAUCAGAAAGGAUGAAUAACCAAAGUUUGCAUCAAUAUGGACGGGA